UCCAACCAUGGCUCAUUCUUAUGGGGAUUCUCAACUCAUAACACCAGAAUUGAAUGCCUUUGGGUAGAGGUUGGCUAUUGCGAGAUUUUUGUGGAGGAAUGGAACCAUCAUCCAAUCUCUGGUCCAACAACACAGCACCAAUCUCCACUGGUAAGUAGAGGAAUUCUCGCAUCAAUUUUUCUGCUUACUCUCACUAGGAUAUUUGUUUGCUCCCUGAUAUUGAGAACAGAGUUUAUAUUAUCAAUCCAUUGCAUGAUGUACACCCUGAUAUACUUACCCGAUACUAUGGUACUGGUGGCCCACCACUGUCUCACAUUGAUGAAGAAGAUUCCAAUGUGCAAACUCAAACCACCUUACAAGACGAGAUUGCCGGUGACCUGA